AUGGGGUGGGGGGAGGGCCUGUGGUCAGCCCCACGGAGGUCUGCGGGGGGGGGGGUCAAAGGGGCUCCCACUGGCUUUCCUGGCCUUCUGUGGGGAGGGUCCAACCCCCCCACUCCAGAGCCUGGGACAUCUUUUGGGUCCUUGCCUCCCUUCCUGCCUCUCACACUGCCUUUUCUCCUUGCAGGGCCUCUGUCCAUCCGGCUUUCCUUCCUGGCCGCCCUCACAGCCGCCGUCCCCCCAGAUGCGCAGGGCCCAGUGAGUGCCCACAGCGGUGCCACGGAGGGGUCAGCGGCGGCAGUGGCCGUCCCAGGCGAUCCUGCUCUGAGGUGGCAGUGGCUGUACGACCUGGAGGGGACGCUGGGCAAGGGCCACUUUGCGGUGGUCCGGCUGGCCCGGCACGUCUUCACAGGGGAGCGUGUGGCGGUCAAGGUGAUCGAGAAGAGCAAGCUGGAGGGGGGAGCGGCCACCCAACUGCUGCAGGAAGUGCGCUGCAUGAAGCUGGUGCAGCACCCCAACGUGGUGCGCCUCUACGAGGUCAUCGACACGCAGGCCAAGCUCUACCUCAUUUUGGAGCUGGGCGAUGGCGGGGACAUGUUUGACCAUAUCAUGCAGCAUGAGGGCGGCCUGGGCGAGGAGCGGGCCAAGCACUACUUCGCCCAGAUCGUCCAUGCCAUCUCCUACUGCCACCGCCUCCAUGUGGUCCACCGUGACCUCAAGCCCGAGAAUGUGGUCUUCUUCCGGGAGCAGGGGGUGGUCAAGCUGACCGACUUUGGGUUCAGCAACUGCUUCCAGCCGGGCACCAUGCUGACCACCAGCUGUGGCUCCCUGGCCUACUCUGCCCCAGAGAUCCUCCUGGGAGACGAGUACGAGGCCCCCGCUGUUGACAUCUGGAGCCUAGGAGUCAUCCUCUACAUGCUGGUGUGUGGACAGCCCCCCUUCCAAGAGGCCAACGACAGCGAGACACUGACCAUGAUCCUGGACUGCCGCUAUGUCAUUCCCUCCCACAUCUCCCCACAGUGCGCAGACCUGAUUGCGCAGAUGCUGCAGCGGGACCCCCGGCAGAGGGCCUCCCUGGAGGGCAUUGAGGGCCACCCAUGGCUGCAGGGAGUGGACCCCUCCCCAGCCAGCCGCUCCCUCCUGCCACUCACCUCCCACCGCAGGGUCUCCCAGGAGGAACAUGAGAUCAUCUUGCAGGCCAUGAUGUGCGGCAAUAUCGCUGACCGGGAGACCAUCCAAGAGGCCCUGGAGGCGGACCGCUACAACCACGUGACAGCCACCUACUUCCUGCUGGCCGAGAGGAUCUUGCGCGAGAAGCAGGAGAAGGAGAGCCUUCAGUCCAGAGCCUGCCUGGUGGACAGCUUGGCCCAGCGGGUCCGGUGCAGCGAGGCCAGGCCCCCUCUGCCUCCCGGGGCCCUUCAUCCUCAGCCAGAGGGCUUGGCAGGUGAAGAGCCCCCUGGGAAGCCCCUGCGUUCCUUCUCAGCUCUGGCAGGAGAGGAGCCCCCUUCCUCUGGAUUCCGCGCCUGUGAUCAGCCCAUCCGGGCCCUGAUCCGGCCCUCGCUGGUGGAGACACCCGUCACCAAGAGCACCCUGGCGCUGCAGCAGAUUUCGGAGGAGGAGGAGCAGCCCCUGGAGCCAGAGGAUGGGGAAGAUGGGGAAGUGUCCAGGGGUGGGGGGCUCUUCCGCCGCCGGACCUCCUCCCUCAACCAGGAGCAGAUGAGCGACUUCCAAAGUGCCAAGGCUGCCCUCCUUUUUUGCAGGGGCCUGACCCAUGGCCGCACAAUGGGGAAGGGCCCCAACCCCUCCUUCCCCCAGCCCCACAGUGGUGGCUCUCCCAGCCCAGUGGCAGUGGAGGUGGCGGCAAUGGUGGCACCUGAGGACCUUCCUUGCCAGGGGGGCAAAGGGGGGCCCUGCCCGGACCCCCAGACCCAAGGCAAAGAGGAGCUGGAGGAGGAGGAAUGCAGCAGCGGCACCAGCAAGGAGGCCCUCCUGAGCUACCAUCCCUUCCUCCACUUGCCAGGCCCCCCCAAAAUGGGUCCUGAAGCACCAGCAGGAGUGGGGCCCAAAGCGGGCCCACAGAGGCCUAGGUCUGACAUGCCAGAGACAUGUUUGGGCAGCGCUCACCCCCCACUGCCCCCUUCAGUUCCCCAGUCAGAAGAGGAGGAAGAGGAGGAGAAGAAAGAAGGGCCUACUCCAGGUCCCAAAGACCCCCUCCUCCAGGGGGGCCAGUGCAUGCAGAAGGCCUCCUGGGCCGGCCUGGCCUCCGAAGUGGAUGGCACCAAGAGCCCCCAGCAAGCAGAGGGGGGGGCCUGAGGUGGCAGGAAGGGCCCGCCGGCCCCAGAGCCCUCCGCAAGAUGGGGGCCAGGACAGCGAGGGCCCUUCAGACCCUGGGAUCAAGGCAGAGCCUGCCAGGGGCAAAAGUGCCAACCUGAAGGAGCGGCUGCUGCAGUUCCCACUCUGUGAAAAGGCCCUGGCCUUCCGGAUGCGGCCCUCCCCAAAGGAGAGCCUCCUCUCGCUGGGGCAGUUCAACUGCUGCCACGUCAUCUAGGCCUCCCUAGAUGCUUACGGCUGGGGGUCUGCCAGAGGAAGAGGAGACCCCCAACAGUGGGCAGGGGGUCAGGUCAGCCAUUGGCAUCGUGUCCUUCCGCCCCUAACACCCAGUGGGGCAGAAGCUCUGCUCCCCGCUGGCUGGCUGACUUUUGACUCCUAUUCUGCCAUCUCUGCUUGCGCUGGAGAGGCCUGACCCUGGCCAAUACGCCCCCCUCCCUGCAAACCGGAGCCACCACUUCCUCCUUCCUGCAUGCCAGACCUUCCUUGGGGUGUGCAUGUGUGGUGUGGCCCCCAUUUACUCACACCCCCCAAAUGAAGAGGAGGGGGAGUUGUUUGUGUGAGGGGCACAAAGCCCCCUCCCCCACCAAGUGUGGGAGGGAGCAAUGAUCAGCUAAAGGACGAGGGGCACCAGUAGUGAUUCUGACUGAGGCCAGUUUUCCAGCCCCCCUCCAAGGCGGCCUCGCUCCCAAAACAGGAGGGCAGGAGGCAGCAUUUGUGUGUGUGCUGCCAGCACCUCAGCCCACCCUUGAUGGAGGCAGCGUGGGAGAGAGUUCUUCACCCACUGGGUCUGUGGCCACGUCUCCCUCCCCACAGUUGGCUUAGAGAUAGCCACUUGGGAGCCUGAGGGGUCAAGCUGGGGGGACUGUCCAGUGUGGCUGUCUUCAGGGGAGCCUCUCUGAGCCCUGGGAGGGUCAAGGGGGGGGUCCCUCCAGUGCCAUGGCCCUGGUAUGGGGGAUCUGUUGGGCACCCUCCAUCAGGGACAAGCGUAAGCCAGCAGCAUGGAGAAGGGCUGCCAAGAGACGGGAGGGGACUGCAGCCCCCCAGACCUGACUGUGGCUGAGCUGUGCUUGGUGCCCCUCUGCCUUCUCCUUGUGGGCUGGCUGCUUGGCUUGAGCCCCUCAGUAUAGGCAAGGUGGGAGGCUCUGAGCCUGGACGCCUGGCCACUCUGCCCCACCUGACCUCUGACCUCAAGGAGCAUGCCUCCCCUUCCCAAAGCAUCCCAGAUCUGCUACUCUGCCCCACCUGACCUCUGACCCCAAGGAGCAUGCCUCCCCUUCCCAAAGCAUCUCAGCUCUGCCAGGCCUAAAGAGGAUUUUAUAACAGUUAAAAUAUUUUUUAAAACGCCAAUAGUCUAUUUUAAUGUAAUAUAGAGAUGUCUGUCCCCUUCUGCCCUCAGGCCCAGGGAUUUCUCUGGGCAGCAAAUGCACUUUUUAGGAGCAAAGUAGCCAUGCUGUGCCCCUUCCUCCCCCUUUCCUCCUGCCCCACAUCCCCAGUGGCUUUUCUGCUGCCCAGGGAAUUUCCCAGUUGGGCUGAGCUGGGUGCAAGGGGGUCUGAGGGGUGACUUCUGGGAAUGUGUGUGAGAGACAGAGUUUGUGCAUGAGUGUGGGAGAGAGAGAGGCACCCAUAGCCCUCCAGCUGUGCCCCCCCGCCCUGCUCUUCCCCUCCCGCCCCAUAAGCCCACAGCCACGUUCCCCUCUUGUCUGUGCCCCCCAAAUCAUCACACACGCCCCAGAGACUUUUCCAAGAAAAUAAGCUUCCAGUAUAUUUAUCCUUCUUUCUUGCUGGCAAGAAAAGAAUUGAGAAUUGUAUUCCUGAGCUCACUGGGUUCUGUACAAAGUGCACUGAUCCGAUCGAAGGCAAAGCAGCGAGUUUGUGUCCAAUAAAUAGUAAUAAUCCAUAAUGAUAAAAA